GCGGGACGCAACUCGGAAUUCCCGAAGUUCCCAACUUUGGACGCACGAACGCAUCAAAAAAACAUUUAAACAAAGACGGAGGAGAGAAGGAUUUUAUAAACUGCAGUUUAUAAUCACGUUGCUGAGCCAGCCACACGGAGGUGAUGUCGGAUAACAGCACCGGCAGUAGCGGGUCAUCCAGUAACAGCUGGACACUCCUCUCUCCUGAGGAGGCUGCCAUUGACACUGCUGGACCAGUAGAUGAUGGAACUGAGAGUAUCGGUGAUGUUCCAAGCCUUUCAGAGGAACUUGCAGGAAGCUCUUUCGAGGUGAAGCCAAGUGAUAGUGAAGCUACACAGGAGACCGUCUUGUCAGAAGAGGGCCACCAGGUUUGCCAAGAAACAUCCCCAGAAUUAUUUAAUGAGGGAGCGGUGUCUGGUCCAAGUGUUGAGGCUGAUCCUGAGAUUUGCGCACCAGUUAUCCAUGCUACUAUCACAACCUCUCCACCAGACAAUGAUCUGCUUGGAGCAGUUCCCUUUAGCAUAUCAACUGAGUCAUCCCUCUUUCUUUCACACGAGCCUUUCCUUGAAACAUCCUAUGAAGAGCUUUUAUCUGACACACAGCCUACCCUUGAAUUUUCACCCAAGCAAUGUCCUGUCUGUGAAGUUGUAGCUGAAGCAACACCUGAAUUUGUGGAUAACAUUGGCCCUGCUGCAAAACCUAUAGCUGAAAUCUGUCCUUCCUCAGAACCUACAGCCAAAAUUGGCCCUGCCUCAGAACCUAGAGCUGAAGUUGGCCCUGCCUCAGAACCUAGAGCUGAAGUUGGCCCUGCCUCAGAACCUACAGCUGAAGUUGGCCCUGCCUCAGAACCUACAGCUGAAGUUGGCCCUGCCUCAGAACCUACAGCUGAAAUUGGCCCUGCCUCAAAACCUACAGCUGAAAUAAGCCCCGCCCCUGAGCCCCCAGAGUUUUCUUUUUCUGAUGUUACUGCAGAUGUAAGCCUUGUCUCUGACAUUAGUCUUACUUCUGCAGUCCCUGUGUUAGAUAUUCACACUGGGGUAAGCUCCUGCCCUGAAAGCUCAUCUCCUAGUCUGUCUUUGGAAAUUAAUUUUAGCUCUGCAACUGAGAGCCCUUACCCAGAAACCCCUGCUUCCUUGGUCUUGGAAGAGAAAGAGCUUGUAACUGACAGAGAGGAACACAAAUCCAUUAAUGUUGCAACGGAGGCAGAAUGUCUUGGCACAGAUGUGCCGAUUGAGCACAGAGGAGAGGACAGUGGACUGCGACAGCGACAUGUGCACUAUCCUGAGGAGCUGAGACAGAGCUCAGAUGAGGAAGAUGGGGAGGAAACGGAGUUUAAACUACCAGAGAGGAAAGAAGAGAAACCUGGCUUGUCGAUUAAUUGCCUGAUCAUAGGAGCUCUGGCGCUGUUGUGUCUAGGCUCCUUUUUUUUAUCUGGUACCAUAUUCAACCAAGCCGGGGAUGACUUUGAUGGCUCAGAGUUAAGUGACCAGGAACUUCUUGAAAAACUUGUUGAAGAAAACAAGCAGAUUUCCAUACUGGAGACCCAAAUACAGGUACAAAAGGAGGAACUGGACAGGGCGUUGAGGGCAGCUGCAGAGAAAGGAAUCACUGACGAAGAACACACUAGGAUGAAAGAAGAAUUGUCUGCAUUGCCAAGCCUGAAAGACGAAUUAGAGGCACUUAAAGCUAGGGUCUCUGAGCUGACCCAACUCACAGGGCCUGGCAGACGGCAGGGAAAAAAAGAUGAGCUCAAGAGACAAAAGAUUCUCUUGGAACAGAGUAAGACACGGUUAGAAGGAAUGAAAAAACCGGACUGUCCCAAGAAAUGGUUACGAGAGAGACUGGUUGAGAUGCAGCAGAGGUUAUCAGAACAGGUGGACUACAUAGGCAAGAAGGAAGAGUGGAGGAGGAAGCAAAAAGGAGGGGAAAACAGGAAAAAUGAGUGGGGUGACAAUGUCCAAAAGCACAAAGAGCUCUUAAAGAAGUACAGCGACGAGUGGGAGAAUAAGAAGGCUGAGCGGAAGCUGGAGAGAGAGAGGAGGAAGCAGGAGAGGUCUUGGCAGGCCAGGCCUGGCCACAAGCAUAAGCAUGAUCAUAAAGUGCACCAGCACCAUGAAUCAAAGGACUUCUGGAAACUUCAAGAGAAGAAGCUCAAGAGAAACCAAAAUCCUCCUGAACACUGCCAUGAUGUGUCGGGCUGCGCUGAAGCAGAGGGCCUCAUUCGUGUCAAGCUCUCUGAUUUUCAGGGCCUCCUGGAUAUCUAUCUUAACAAAUUGCAAGGGCUCAGUGCGAAGAAUAAGGAAGCUUUCCAUCAUCUUGUUUCCCAGUUUUUCUAUGGUGGAGUUUUCAGCCACGACAGAAUGCUCUUCAGUGAGUUUGCAGAAGAUGUGGCCGACAUUUUGGAGGACUUGGCGGAUGUUCUAAUCGACGAUGAUGUGCUGGAGGAGGAGAUGGAGGAGUUUGAGAGGGAGGCACUGUGGCAGUUUGCUGCGUAGAGAAAGCAGGAAGGAGCAGUGCUGAGGAACAUAGUAAAUGAGCCAUAUGACAUAAAUAAAAGAUACCACAUGAUGACAAGCAGUGAGCAAUGCUCUCACUAUACAGAAUUCUUUUCCCCAAGCUAUAUGAUAUAACAGUAAUAUGUCUGUAGUGUGAGGAGAGUGUUUCUAGAGUCUUUUGUAAAGUUCUAACCAUAAUUUAGGUGGAUCAUCAAACCCAUUACACCAACAUGAGAGGUCUGAGAAAUAAUGGGUCUGAGUUUCCCCCCAGCUCCAUGUACUAACUGCAGUAUGCUUGUAGUGUUUGUAAGAUGUGUUUCUGGAGUUAUAUAGUGAAGUGUCUUCUGUGUGAUGGGUGUAAUACACUACCUCUGUUCUUAAACACUAAGACCCUGGUUCUUGCGUACUGUGUAAAGCAGUAGUUACUUUAACAGUACAUUGUUGUUUUUUGCUGUCAAGUAAAAUCACAUCAUCUUCAGGACAUAACGAUUCUGUUGACCCCCAUUAGUGACUAUGUUAAGCUGCCCAGGGCCACAAUAUAAGACAGAGAUGAAGGAUUUUGUGUGUAUGUAUUUGUCCAUUUACUUGGGACAACCUCUCUGUUCCUGUUAACAUUCUCACUGUAGAAUCACUGACUGCUCAAGUGUCAAACUGGUUUCUGUCCUGUGUACAUAUGACCUUGUCAGCAUGACGUUUGUUUUAGAACCUUUUAAGCUUUGUUGUGAUGCUUUUAUAUUUACUUUGCAUGCAAGCACUUUUAAUUGAUAUGGAAAGCACUAACAUGCUAUUAUCACCAUUUAUGAGUUUGAUUAUCUGCACAUCAGAGCAAUUUCAAGAAAUUAAAUUAACCUCGUACGUUGUCAGCUUUGUGCAUUGUAAGCUACAAAGGUAAUUAAAUUUCUGAAGACGUUUUUUUGUUUUGCUAAUGUGCGUUUAUAGUUUAAGUGAGAUGCUGGGUGUCAAAUUAAGCCUCCCAGGAUCUCACUUAAACAAGGGGGUUAAAGACACCUAGAUAAUUAUUUUUGUCCAUGUAAUUUGAGCUUGCUUAUUUAUUUUUUGUUUGUCUCGUCUUCCUAGCUGAAGAAAAAGUCUGCCGUAUUAAACUUACACAAUCUGUUUUUCAGUCUCUCGUUUUGCACUACAGUGAAUGAUUUUUUUUUUUAUUUUUUCAAAGCCAAAUUGUAAUUGUAAAAACAUAAUUAAAAUUGGACCAUGUUAAUACGCAAUCCCAUUUCAAUGUUAACCUCCUUCAUGUCAGAAAUUAAUUUAUGCAAUGGCUGGACUCAAGUCAGACAAUAAAUUAUAGUUCACUAUGAAUGGUUUUAAAUAUUAAUCAAAUUAAUAAUGUAUUCCAUCAGGUGAUUUUUUUAGAUGCAUCAUUGCAUCUAAAACACUUAGGACUAUUGUAUGAAAUGCUUAUAGUCUACUUAUGAUCUGUACAUGUUUAUAAUCGGCCUAUUAAAAGAGUGUCACUA